GUGCCCAAUCAACUUGCCGUCAUACGAAGUGCGGCCGUUGUCGAUGGUAAAGUCGAUCCCGGUCUGCAUGAUGCCGGUCGCGCAGGUGUCGCCGUCGAUUCCGACCCAGGCCGCCGCUGCGUGGCUGCCGGAUCCGCGGGACUUGGGGGUCGGGACGGUGAAGGUGCCUUUGACGGAGGUGUACGUGCCAGCCGGGCUCUCGAGACUCGCGCCGGCCCAGUUCUGGCUGUACGCCACGUGCGAGACCGUCGUGUUGGUGAUCAGGUUCGCUGCAGCGGGGCCUUGAGAAGGAAGACGCGGGCCAGACAUCCGGCGGCGGGCCUGGCGGCUCACGAUGCUGGGGCGGCCGAGAGCGGAGCUGGCGAGCAGCAGGGAGACAAGGGCAGAAGCAAAGAUCAUCGUGCUGGUGCUUGAGGGAGAGAAGCUGGGAGGAUACCUGGAUGGGAUCUUGGAGACCAAUGGGCUCGCCGUCCAUGCUUUUUAUACACCUUCCAGGGGUCGCAGUGAGAGGCACGUCACCGUCGCCCCCAUAUGCUGCAGCACACGCACUGGUCGUGUUAUCUGUUACUUUCGCGGGUCAAGAACUCUUGAUAGACGACAGCAUCCGCGGCGGAUUCUCUUUCACGCGCCCGACCGACGUAAGGGCGCCACGCCCGCGUUGCCGAAUGACAUGCCGCCAUCUAUGAAUAGACUGGCAUCGGUGGCAGCAGACAAAAAUAGUCCAUUGUGGAGCCGUUCGAUAUGCACGAGAAGAUGGAGCAGUAUUGCAAGCCGGUGGAAGAACAAGAAGACUGAGAGUGCGAUCACGGGCCCGAGCCUUCUGGAUUAGCCUAGUGCAAACCGCUCAUGUACAAGACUCUUGUUCUUUUUUGUCAAGUCGCUGCUCACAACUUGGAGGCAUGGGCCAAGCUAGGGGCGUAGUCACAUUACGACCCAUCAGAGAGCAUGAUUGUCAGACGUAGAUUGCCAACUGAGCGAAAACGCGUGACCUCGACAAUGAUCAUGCGAUUCACUCAAGCCGCUAAGAAUUUC